AUGAGCGCGAUAUUGACGGACCGGCAAGCCGAGGAGUUGCACAAGGCCAUUAUUGCAUAUUUAGGCGUCAUAAACGCGCCCAAGACAGCUGAAGCUUUUCGAGAGGAAGCAAACGUCUCGGCCAAUUUCGACGAUGCCACACGGAAAAAGUACGAGGGGCUGCUGGAGAAGAAGUGGACGAGUGUGGUGCGGUUGCAAAAGAAGGUCAUGGAACUAGAGCAGCGCAAUCAGACCCUGCAGAGUGAGCUGGACUCCACAACUCCCACCUCUCUCCUCCGCAGGAACCAAGACCCCGCCAGCUGGCUACCACGGGCCCCAGCACGACAUACCCUCCAAUCGCACCGCUCCCCCAUCACAUGUGUCGCAUUUCACCCCGUCUUCUCCUCCCUCGCAUCUGGCUCUGAAGACACAACCAUCAAAAUAUGGGACUGGGAGCUGGGAGAGCUGGAAAGGACCGUCAAGGGACACACCAAAGGCGUUUUGGACGUUGAUUUUGGCGGCCCAAGAGGUGGAACCUUGUUGGCAUCAUGUUCGAGCGACUUGACCAUCAAGCUGUGGGAUCCCUCGGAUGAGUACAAGAAUAUAAGGACAUUACCAGGCCAUGACCACUCGGUAUCUGCCAUCCGCUUCGUCCCUAGUGGGGCUGCUGGAUCGCCUUCGUCAGGCAACCUACUUGUUUCAGCGUCUCGAGAUAAAACACUACGAAUAUGGGACGUUACUACAGGUUACUGUGUAAAGACAAUACGGGGCCACGCCGACUGGGUGCGAGACGUGGCCCCAAGCUUCGACGGAAGAUGGCUGCUCUCUGCAGGGAAUGAUCAAACCGCUCGACUAUGGGACGCCAGCUCGGGAGAGCCAAAAUGCACUUUUAUCGGCCAUGAGCAUGUUGUCGAAUGCGUCACGAUAGCGCCUCCGGUGUCUUAUGCUAACCUUGCAUCGCUCGCUGGCCUGAAGAAACCACCACCGCUAAGCAGCUCAGCCGAAUACAUAGCCACCGGGUCAAGAGACAAGACAAUAAAGAUAUGGGAUGGGCGAGGAACCUUGAUCAAGACGUUGACCGGCCAUGAUAACUGGAUUCGAUCACUGGUUUUCCAUCCCGGCGGAAAGUACUUGCUAUCUGCUAGCGACGACAAGACAAUUCGAUGCUGGGAUCUCACCCAAGAAGGUCGUUGUGUCAAGACUGUAACUGACGCGCACGGCCACUUUGUCAGCUGCAUGCGAUGGGCACCCAAUGUCAUCAAGGACGUACCUGUAAAUGGAGACGCGACUAACGGCGCAACAAAUGGUUUGAGCAAGAAGAAAGAGGAGGAGGCGGCCAAGGCUGGCAUACGAUGCGUGAUUGCGACUGGCUGCGUUGACCUCAAUGUUCGCAUCUUUGCAUCAUGA